CUGAUCCCGUCUGUCCGACUGACGAGCUCUGAGAUUCCCCGAAUUCGCUGCUAGGCAACUCUGCUGACGAGAAAACCCUAGUACUAGCGCUAUUUGCAAAGUUCGCCGGAUUUGCGUCGACGGGAAGUCUCGGGGAAACGAUAGUUCAGGUUCGAAUCUAGGCCAUCCAUAGUCCUUCGAGUCGAUCGACAGCCCUCGAUGCGCCUUUGAGCAUUCUCAAAAUCGGACAGCCCUUUAGACAUUUGAGUCGACUCGAUUGAGGUCAUCUCUUGAGAGGUGUGGUUGAGCAAUUUCCGGGCCGCAGUGCUACGAGUGCGGCUCGCAUGUCUCGUCCGCCAAUCACGCAUUCGUGGCGGAUGUCGUCCUCGUAGCGGCGAACGACGGGGUAACCAUUCAUCUGCGACGAGUCCGAGUCGGUUAAACGUGACAAUUUUUUUUUUUUUUUUUUUUCCAGAAUGACUACUACUAGUAGUAGAAGUACUACAGUACAUCCACGCGCUGUAGCUGUUUCGCAAAUAGCUCGUAUAAACAGUGCGUUCGCGAGCUACUAGUUGCGAGGGAGGGGCCCGGCCUCUAAAAGUUCUCCUUACUGGCGAUUACGACUCUUCUUCGCGACUCUUCAACCGCGGAAGCGAGCAAGAGGCGCAAUAAUCAAUGGCGGCGUGGGUGACUGCCAACCGAGCCGCGUGCUGCAUUCUCCUCCUUUUCUCACACUUGUCGGCGUCGAGAAGCGCCUUUUCUUACGCGUUUAGACCGCCGGUUACACAGCCGGUUUCACCUCCGGUUACACAGCCCGUUGCACAGCCGGUUACACAGCCGGUUACACAGCCGGUUACACAGCCCGUUACACAGCCGGUUACACAGCCCGUUACACAGCCUUUUACACAGCCCGUUACACAACCAGUGGCUGCACAGGCGCUUCCUCAUUCACCAUCCCGAGCGAACGCGGAAGUUACCAUAGCAGUAGACGGCUCGUGGGGAAGUGACGAUACUGUUUUAGGUAGAGGUCGGGAGUUGCUGCAGUGCGCGGAGGGGAGAUUAACUCCGUGUCCGGGCGGCACGGGAUGCGUGGACCGCGCGUUCCUGUGCGACGGGAUUCCUGACUGCGGCGACGCGAGCGACGAGGAUGCGACGUUCUGCGACGCGUUCGACUGCAGUAGCGUGGGGAAGGAGAUGUGUCCAGGAGGCGGGCAGUGCAUGCCGCGAGGGGGCUACUGCGACUUCAACCGUGACUGUAACGAUGGAAGGGAUGAGGGGGGGGAGGAGUGCGGUGACUACUACGAGAAGGGGUACUGCCUGCGACAAGGCUUGCUGGAGUGUCCCCUGGACCCCACAUACUGCAUUUCCGAGACCGACCUGUGCGACGGGGAGGAGCACUGCCUAGGGGGCUGGGACGAGGCCAACUGCCUGCCGCACCCGUGUCCCCACGGCUGGCUCAAGUGCCCCAAGACCGGUUACUGCACCCCAGCUGGUAACAUGUGCGACGGCGUUACGGACUGCUUCGCGACCUCUGAGCCUGAGGACGAGGACCCGGACCUCUGCCGAGCCUACUCGUGUCCAGAGGGCUGGAGGAAGUGUGCGGAUGGGGUGCAGUGCCUGCAGGAGGGGCGGUGGUGCGACGGCGUUGUGGAUUGUGAAGAUGGGAGUGAUGAGGGGGCUGCCUGUGCUGCCCCUGCCACUAACACUGGUGGCACCAGCAGAUCAACCAAGAGAAUUGGCUCAUCCAGAAAGUACACCAGCACCACCAGCAGCAGCACCAGUGACACCAGCAGCAGGACUAGAACCGAUGUUGUAUCACUUGCAUCCAUUGACGGUCCUAUUGUGAGCAUAGAAGGCCUGGUUUCAAAGGCUGUGCUUGUUGCAGAAGCUAAGGCAGAGCGGGCUCUGAAAAGAGCAGCUAAGGAUGCAAGGAGGAGGAAGAAGGCAGCGGUGGAAGCAGCUAAGGCAGCCAAAAGGCUUCGGAAGGCGAGACGAGAAGCGGCUAUUGAAGAAAAGGAGAAGAGAUUAGCGGUAAAGAAGGCGAGGUUGGAGGCAAAGGAGAAGAGGAGAGCAGCCAAAGAGGCCAGACAGCGAAAGAAAGCUGCGAAGGAAGCAGCAAUUGCGAAGAGGAGAGCAAAGAGGAAAGCUAUGAAAGCUAGAGCAAGAAAGCGAGAAGCCAGAAAAAAAGAGACGAGGAAUUUGGCUGAAAGGAUGUAAAUAGGUUUCAUGUUGGUUGUUUUGUUCAAUUAAUGGUUUGAGUGUUU